GUGUUACCCAGGGCACUCCGAGAAAAAUACAGCGUAUGAUAAAGUUUGAAGAAUUGGCGAUUAAAAAGUAUAGAGAAAUAUAAAAUUUUAAAAAAUUAUACAGUUUAAAAAUAAAAGUUCUGUUUUCUCCUCUUGUUGCCUCCAUAAUAUAUUUGAUGUCUUCCUGAAAUUUGCGUCAUAUGCUGGACAUUAGUCGACAACUUUAUUAAAUUAAGAUCAGAUGCGUUGAUAAGAUAGCGACGUUAAAGUAUCGUAUUGGAAAACAAUGCAGUUUUGAGGCUAGUUGGACAGCUGUGGUACCCUAAUACACAUUUGAAAUAAGAGUAGUCCUGUGAUAUUUGGUGUUGAGCCAUCUAAAUUAACAAAGAUUUGCAAAACUGGAGUGGAGAAUGAGCAAAGAAGAUGUUGAAUUUCCAAGACAUCGCAAAAAUAACUGUAGAAGCCAUUCAUGAGAAGAAAGAGGAAGAAAGGUCACACUCCAGAAACUCAGGUUCCGGUGAAGAACUUCCAAAAACUAUAACAGAGAAAAGAAAGGAAAAAAUCAAGGAGCAUAUUGACGAUUUCAUCGAAAAUUCUUCACUUCAUGGCUUGUCUUACAUCUUCGACAAAAGACACUCAGUACGCAGAAUAAUAUGGUUUGUUAUAACAGUCGCAGCUUUUGGUUAUUCUAUGCAAAAAGUUUACGAAAGUACUGUAAACUUUCUCGAUUAUCCGUUCAACACGGCCCGAAUGAGGCAAUAUGUUGAUGAAAUCGAAUUUCCCGCGGUUUCGUUCUGUAAUUUGAACGAUAUGCGAAUGAGUGUCUUGAACGGCACAAUGGUUGAUGAGGCUAUCUUGGAUCACAGUAAAGCAAAGAACGUAACAGCUGAAGUAUACCGGAAUGUUACAAGAGGCGCUGCGCAUUUGUUGGAAGAAAUGCUUGUUGACUGCACUUUUAACGGAAUGAAAUGUUCACAUGAGAACUUCACAUUUUUUUAUUGGAAACAAGGAGACCAGUGUUUUACUUUUAACUCGGGACAAAAAGGGCAUCCGGUGUUAUCUGUCACCGGAACUGGCAUUGAACGUAGUCUCACAAUGACCAUUAACCUCCAGCAUUAUGAUUACUACAGAGAUAGAUUGAUUUCCGGUAUUCAUUUACUUCUGCACGGACAGGAUGAAACGCCGGUGAGAAUAAGAGGACCCAUGAUAUCACCUGGAUACACAACGUAUAUACAAGUGGAGAAAAAACAGAUUAUCAACUUGGAAUCUCCCUACAAAACACAUUGUGGUUCUCUUAACCUGAAGUACUUUAAAAGUUAUUCAAGAAACACAUGUUGGUUGGAGCAGCUCACUGAUUAUGUUAAUGAGUCGUGCGGGUGCAAAGACUUUUUUAUGCCAGGAGAAAUCCCAAUUUGCAGUUUUCAAGUGGCUAUUUCUUGCAUGUGGCCAAAGUGGGAGGAAUUUGACACAGAAAAAUUAUACAAUUGUCCCUUACCAUGCGAAAUUCACACAUACUAUGGUCACAGUAAAUCACGAGCUUUAUUUCCAUCGAAAAAUCAAGCUCCGAAGUUAGCUGAUCUUGUAAGAAAUGACACUCAUAUGAAAGAUGUGAAAGGAAUAGACGAUCUCCAGUUUUUACGGGACAAUUUUCUCCGUAUCGUUAUAUUUUAUGAUGAUCUUUCGUACGAAAAGUUGGAACAGCAACCUAGUUACGAUAUGCUUGUAUGGUUGGGUGAUAUAGGUGGUCAGAUUGGAUUAUUUAUCGGUGCCGGCGUUAUGUCUUACUUUGAAUUUGUUGAUUGCCUGCUACUGGUCAUAUUUGCCAGAUUUGCACAAUCAUUUAAAACGAAGCCAAUUGUCGUAUGAAAAACCUAUGGUGUAAAAAUAUAAAAUAGCUGUAACCGAAAACGGCGGUGCUCCUAAAAGUUUCAGAAAUGGCAACUUCGUUCCUAAGACACUGAUCACAGUUUCGGAGUGUAAAAAAUAUGGGUACGAAAAUGGUCGUCGUGGGGAAGCUCGUGUGUUUAGUAAUUUAGAUUUUUCUAGUUUAUCAGUAGCAGAAUCAUUUUUAUCAAUAAAUAUUGUAAAAUACUUAAAAUAAAUUUUUGUCGUUAGU